AUGUCCGUAUCGGGUAGUGCAUUUCGUUGGCUUGAUAUUCUUGAAAAAGAAUUUGAUAAAGCUUUUGUUGAUAUUGAUUUAUUACUCGGAGAAAUCGAUCAAGAUCAAUCGGAAAUAACAGAUGAAGGCCGAGCAAAAAUGACUAUACUCAGUUCAUGUUUUGCUCAAUUAGAACAUAAAGCCCAAACAAUUUCACAAGCAAAUGCUAAAUUAGAAGCACAAUUAAUGGAUGUUCGCGCAGAAAUUGUUGAAAUCAAAGCUGAACGACAAGCAUCCGAGCAGCAAUCGAAAGACAUAAUGGCACAAUUACAUGCAUUACAAUUAGAAUGUCAAGUAUUAAAAAAUCAAGGAGAAAUUGAAGGUGCUGAUACAAUACGAAAAAAAUUAGAAGAACAAAUAGCUAAACAACGUGAAGAAUUUAAACAAAAUGCAAUACCAGAAAUAAAAUUACAAGAAACUGAAAAAGAAAAUGAAAAACUUAAAAAUCAGAUUAUUAAUUUACAAUCUGAAAUUUACGGUUCACGUUUAGCUGCAAAAUAUCUUGAUAAAGAAUUAGCGGGAAGAAUUCAACAAAUUCAAUUACUUGGUCGAGAUUUACGUGGAGCUGUUCAUGAAAAUCUAUGGAAUCAACUUGAAGCUGAAAUACAUCUACAUCGUCAUAAAACGGUUAUACGUGCAUGUCGUGGACGAGACAAAGUCAACAAAAUUUUAACAAUUCCACCGGGACAUGAUUUUAAUACAUUAAAAAAACGUCAAGGUGUGGGUGAAAUACGUACAGUUAAACUCUAUAAAGAUGCUAAAGAAGCAUUAGGAAUAUCAAUUACAGGUGGAAAAGAACAUGGUUUACCUAUUCUUAUAUCAGAAAUUCAUGAAGAUGGUCCAGCAUGGCGUUGUGGACAAUUAUAUGUGGGAGAUUCAAUAUUAGCUGUUAAUAAACAUGAUUUACGUGAUACAAAACAUAAAGAUGCUGUUCAAGUUUUAUCAUCUGUUAAAGGAGAUAUAACAUUAACAGUUGUUUUUGUUGCACCUGAUGAUAGUGAUGAUGAAGAUUUACAAAAUUGUGAUGUAGAAAAUAAUUUAAAAUAUAAAUUUAUAACAGAAGAAAUUGAACAUAAUCAUCGUAUGAAACCAAAUCAUUCUUCGACAAAUGAUUAUGAAUCAAUUCGUCGUAUUAAAGAUCUAUCUACAUCGAAUGGUAAUGAUAGAAAAAAUAUUUCCGAACACAUUGAUGGAGAUACAGCAAGUAUUGAUAGUAAUCAAAGAGAUGGUCCAUCUGUGAUUGAUCGAUAUCUUAAACAUACGCAACAAUAUUUACCCGUUAAACGUACAGAUUCCAAAGAGUGA